GAGUGGGAGCAGGAGAGGACAGUGUCGAGCUGAUACUGCUCGCCGCUGAUUGCAAAAUCCUGGGCGAUUGUAUCUGUUGACUGGGUAAAUCUGUUGUGGUGCCAGAAAGUGAUCCCUGUAGGUCAGAGCCAGGUGGCCAGCCUAUUUCCCGGAAAAGAAGACUUCGCGAAUUUACUCAUUCCUUCGCUGCCUUACUCACCCUCCCCAUCUGAUUCCUCCCCCGGGUACUUCUUCCCAGGACAGCGCAGCUGAGGUGGGACAUUACGGCGCUGGAAACCGACACGGAAAAGAGCUUGAGAGGGAGCCAGGGCAACAUUCAUUGGCAAACUAACACUUAUAUUUAAAUUGGAUCGCAAUUUUAAAACACUAAUUGUUUAAAAUAAAGAGAACAUCAUUUGCCAGGAAAAGAGUAGCAUUUACGAGAAAAAAACUUAAUAGUUCAGAUGAAUGACCAUUCAUUAAACGUUUGCAUUUUUACAAAGUGAUAACCCAUUAAGCAUAAUGUAAAGUCACAUUGAAUGAGCAGGAAACCACCCCUUCACCCUGCGAUCCUGUCGGCAGGGCCUAGCUUCCCUCUCCAUCCGGACUUAUUGGAUGAAAAGGAACCGGCGGUACGGUCGCCACAAGUAAUUUUCGGAUUUCUCGCCUGCCCGUCAAACAACUUGGAUCGCAGCAUCGCUCCAACUCGGCGUCUAGACAAUGACUCAUCAGCACUCGGGAGGUUCUGAUUGACGUGAGGACCCGACCAAUCACGGGCAGCCUUAUCGCCAGGGCGGGCGGGGUUAAGUGGGCAAGGGGCGGCUCGAAGAAGGAAGUGGUUGCACGCCGCCUUGAGGAGUUGGGACGGACAGCGUGAGCCGGCGGUUGAGGGGCCUCGUGCUUUACACACAAAGGCAGAAUUUCGUAGGCCCACUGCCGUCGUCAUGCUGCGGAAGGGGAGCUCCUCGCUGUGGGAGUUGCUGGAGAGCGGCCUAAAGCUGGCCGCCGGCGGCGGUGUCGGUGUCGGUGCCGGUGCCGCGGUGCGGUCGAGUCUCCAGCAGCAGCUGCAACGCGGCCUGCACCAUGGUGACGGGGGGUGGUGUCGGCGUCUCGGGGCUGCUGCUUACAGCACCGGCGGCUCGUCGGAAGCGGCCCCGGAGCAGGGCGAAGCAGUCACCUCACCGGUGCCCACCGAUAAUUCAGCCCUGGAGAAGAAAAAGCACAAAGCAGGUCUUCUCCCCAGUCUGGAAGAUCUUCUGUUUUACACAAUUGCUGAAGGGCAGGAGAAGAUUCCAAUUCAUAAGUUUAUUACUGUCCUAAAAUCAACAGGAUUAAGAACAUCUGAUCCUCGAUUGAAGGAGUGUAUGGAUAUGCUUAGAACAAAUGUGCAAGCAGCUUCUGAUGGAGUUCUGCUUGACAAAGAACUCUUUAAAAAGUGUGUCGGAAGCAAUAUUGUGCUGCUCACUCAAGCUUUCAGGAGGAAGUUUGUCAUUCCAGAAUUUGAAAUAUUUACAUCCCAUAUUGAUGGUCUUUAUGAGAUAGCCAAAAGAAUGACCGGAGGAAAGGUUGCUGAUUAUAUUCCACAGCUGGCUAAGUUUAGCCCAGAUUUGUGGGGUGUGUCCUUGUGCACAGUGGAUGGUCAAAGGCAUUCAGUUGGUGAUACCAAAGUUCCCUUUUGUCUUCAAUCCUGUGUGAAACCAUUGAAAUAUGCUGUUGCCAUACAUGACCUUGGGACUGAGAAUGUUCACAAAUAUGUUGGUAAAGAACCCAGUGGAUUACGUUUCAACAAACUCUUCCUGAAUGAAGAAGAUAAACCACACAAUCCAAUGGUAAAUGCUGGGGCCAUUGUAGUAACUUCACUUAUUAAGCAUGGACUAAGCAAUGCAGAAAAAUUUGAUUAUGUUACACAGUUCUUGAAUCAAAUGGCUGGAAAUGAAUAUGUUGGCUUUAAUAAUGCAACUUUCCAGUCUGAAAGAGAAACUGGAGACAGGAAUUUUGCUAUUGGAUACUACCUAAAGGAAAAGAAGUGUUUUCCAGAAAACAGUGAUAUGACUAGUGUCCUGGACUUCUAUUUCCAGCUGUGUUCCAUUGAAGUAACUUGUGAAUCAGCCAGUGUAAUGGCUGCAACACUGGCCAAUGGCGGCAUUUGUCCAAUCACAGGGGAGAGAGUCCUGAGCCCAGAGGCUGUUAGAAAUACAUUGAGUUUGAUGCAUUCAUGUGGCAUGUAUGACUUCUCAGGACAGUUUGCCUUUCAUGUGGGUCUCCCAGCAAAAUCUGGAGUUUCUGGUGGCAUUUUGUUGGUGGUACCAAAUGUGAUGGGCAUUAUGUGUUGGUCUCCACCUCUAGACAAACUUGGCAACAGUGUAAGGGGUAUUCAAUUUUGUCAGGAUCUUGUCUCUCUAUUUAACUUUCAUAAUUAUGACAACCUGAGGCACUUCUCUAAAAAGCAUGAUCCACGGAGAGAAGGUGGUGAAGUACGGCAAUCCCUCGGAUCAAUGGAUUAUGAAAGUCUCCAGAAAGAGCUUGCACUUAAUGGGACUCUGUGGAAAAAUGUAUCAACUGAACCAAAUGAGGAGGAUUCUUCCACUACCAUUGUUUAUAGAAUGCAAGGUCCUGCUUUAAGCUGAAGGAAUUGGGUGAUAUAUGUUUUUGCUGCUCUUGAAGAUUUAUGGUUGUUUCUGAAGUGAUUGUUUGUAUGCACAAGAUUAUCUUAUUAGCACUUUGAGUGAGCUAAUAUAUAUUUUGCUUCUAUUGUUUCUUGGAAAGAGGAGUAAAUUAGUUUGCUCUAAUGAUAUGAGCUUUCAAGGCAUCACUCCCAAUCAUUUCGUUUGCAAAUCUUUUAUUAAAUGUUACCAUGUACCAUCCUCUGUAUUGUCCAGCUUGGGAUUGCCUUACACAUCAUGGACGUUUGAUAGUCUAGUCAUAAGCAGAAGCUCAUGGACUCGCGUGGGGGUGGGGAAGGUUGGAUUCUACUUGCUGUGUUUGUGUUGGAAGUGGAGUAUCUGUCUGUUCUAAUCCUAUCUUCUGUCACUGAGCCCAUACACAUCUAUGGUGUGAUGUGUCAAGUGCUCAACAAAUACUCACAUGUGAGAGUAUCUGCCUCUGCCAUCCUCUCAAUGGUCUCCUUUACAACCCUAUACAGUUACCCUGAAUUUCUCUUAGGCUGAUCACUUGAUUCUUGUUUUGCAUGCAGUCCCGUAGCUAAAUCUUCCAAAUGCAUAAUGCUUUUGAAAAUCCUGUUCCAUCAUACUACCACUACCUUUUAAUUCCUCUGCUACAUUUAAAUAUAUAUUCCCAGACAAGCCAAAAUUUUCUCUAAUUAGAUAGAGCAGAGUCAUUGCUAUCACUUCAGAACUUGUUUCCUGAUCACUGAUUGCAUCCUUUUUACUGUCACCUUGCGCUGAAACGUUACUUAGAUUUUGCUGUCUAAGUUUGAUUCUGUGCCAAUGUUACAAUUGAUACCUACCACCUCAAUAACAUCAUACCAAUCUAUCCCAGCCUUAGUUUUGUUGCUGUAUCUUCACCCUUGGCUUUGCUGUUGAAGACUUUUAGUUCUAGGCCUGAUAAUCAGUUCCUCACUGGAUUCCCAAAUUAAAUCCAUUAUAAACAGGAUGUCAUGAGAAUUUUACUGCCCAUGUUGUAACAGCAAGACUUGCUUGCCUUUUGCUUCAAUACUCGGUAACUACAUUGGUUCUGAGUUCUCUAACACCACAUCAUGGCUUUAUCUCCUUGUUCUGUAAUUACUUUCAAUGCUGAAUUUGCUGCACCGGCUCCUUGAGUGUCUACCACCUUCUUGUGCACUGUUUGCACCUGAUUGGAUUGGACUUUGAACAGAUCAGUUCUUCCUCCAACCUCUGCCUUUCCAUUCUUUCCUUUUCAGAUCCUCAAAUUUUACUUCUGGACUUUAGAUGCCCAUUUUAAAAUUUCGUUCCUUUAGUGUCCUUGUCUGGUUAUGCUUUUGCAACUUGCCUUGGGAUAUAUCCCUACAGUAUGAGGGGACCAUUCACAAUUCAUCUUUCCCAUAGGAAUUUUAGGUAGGUAUUAUACUUUUCCUCCAAUCAGUCUUCCUUUCCAAGCCCAUUUAGAAUGUUACUUACGUCCAGUAUCUGUAGUAAUUAGAAAAAUGAAGACAUGGUGCCACUUCUGUUUCAAUUGUAUAAGGGAAAAACCCAAAUGAGACUGGAUUCUGCCAAAAGCAACAUUCCAUGAGAGUGCAAACAGAACUUUUUGACAGUAGUCUUGGUGGGCAUUGUUGCAUUUGUAUCUCAUUUAUCCUUGACUGUAAAGAUGAAUGAAUUGUAGUAAGUUGCAAGGAAAAAGCUGUCUUAUUGUAUCUAAUGUUUGCAGGCUGGAAAUAAUUUUGUUGCAGCUAUAUUUUAUGUGAGGCUAUUGAGAUAAUAUUGGAAACUGGCAUAGGUGAAUAUUGAACUUUAGAGUUUAAUGUCCACUUUAAUCAACAAAUGGCCCAAAUUGCUAUGGCUAAAAUUUAAGACUUGGGUACAGUAGAUAGCAUUACAUUCAAGUAUUUUUAAGGUAGUGUUCCUCAGUCAAGCAAUAGAAUUCAGAUUGUCAAGAUGUAUUUAUAAUGAGAAGAUUUGUUAUUAAUAGUAAUGAGGCUGUCAUAACUGCAGCUUAUCUUCUGGAUUUUUACUUCUGUGGCUGGCAGCUAGUCUGAAUUUUAUCGGUGGUGUUAUGCUAUGAUAUUGUCUACACUUUUUACUAGAUGUUGUCAUAUUACUAGGUGAGUUUGGCUGUGCAUGAACAAAAAUAAAGGAAAUCAGCAAAUAACAUUUCAUGACUUAAGAUUUUAUGAAAAGUAUUAACAUAUUAUAAAGGCAGUAUUUGUAAAUUGGCAUUAAAUAUCUGAUUGUAGCUCAGAUUUUAGAGUUCACUGAAUUAGUAGAUCUUGCAUUUCUUAGAGCUGCCCUUUUAUUGAUAGACUUUUUUCAGUGGCAGGUUGGCAGUGGACUGAUACAGAUUUUAUGCCUUCAGAGAUCUGGGGUUUAAAAUAAAGUAGAAAUUCCAAGCAGCCAUACUGUAAUAAAUUGUGGAACAAGCUUAUCAGGGUUGGGGGGGGGGGGUAGGGAGGGGGGGAGAGAGAGAGAGAAUAACACAAUCCCAAUCCUUGGAUUUUGUUUAUCUUUUGCUACUUAGAUCAAGGUUGAUUUUCAGUUUGAUUAACUAGUGUUGUGCACAAUAUUGAGACCUUAAGAAUUAUACCUGAAGUUGUAUUAUUGAUGCCUUUUUAAUUUACAAGUUGAAAAAUAUGUGCUUUCCUAGUUUCUAUUGUGAAGAAUCUGAUAUAAAGUAUAAAUGUAAUAAAACAUUACUCUUUGGGUGAGGAUAGAAAUUUAAUAGAGUUUCUGUUUUCUUGACAUUUUCAUAAAUUUGCUGUUGAAUUUGCUAGUACAUAAAUGUCAGUAUUUCCUUCCUGAAGUUGAUAGAAAUGGUGUAUAUAAAGCAACAUCUUUAGAUUUGCAAUAUAUUAUCUAGUAUACCAAAGACUACAAAUUCCACGUAUUUUGAAAAUAAGUUGACCAUAUUGUAUGAAAGCAUCCCAGGACAGAUUUAGGGCUUCAGGCUUCUGGUCUAGGAUAUUAGUUCUUGGAUUCUUUGGGAGAAGGGAAGAAAUCGGAAUACAAAUAGCUCAUGAAUUGUUAGACAUUUUUUAACUCACAGGACAACAUCGUGUUACAAGGUGUUAAAUUGGAGCUUGAUUGGCUUAAGUAGGCAAUGCAUCAGAUUUAUUUACAACAGGAAUUGUGAGCAAUUGAUUUUAUUCCAUUAUUACAGAAAUAGUUUUUUGGGGUAAAACUCCAACUAUGGUGUAGUUCAUUACAUUUACUUAUUUCUGUUACAGUUUAAACCAAGUUGCUUGCAAAUUUUGAUUUAGUUAUUUUUUCAUUGGCAUUGUGAUGAUUUAGCAAUGGAUAUUUAUCGAUCAGUUUUUGAUGUUAUCUGAAUGAUUAUACUUACAGCACAAAUAUGUUCUAAUAUUCUUAAACAAUGGAUUCAGGUUAAUUGGGACUGAUCGUGAUCAGUACAUUUUGGCCCAGUUAAGUGGCUUAAUAACAAAACAAGGUACUGUUUAACUGAGUCUCAAAUGAUGUAUUUAAAUGAAAUACAGAACAAAUUAGAACUAAUAUUGCUACAGUACUAUAAAACUACAUUAGUCCCUAAUAGUUAUUAGUGGAAGAAUUCAUCCGAGGUAUGCUGCCCUGUUAUUUGAUUGACUGGAAAUGAACAAAAUCAGUACAGGCACAUAAUACAGAUAGUAGACUAUUAUCAUACAAUAGUUUUGACAACUGCAAUCUCCAAAUCUUUUUCAUUGUAACAUUCAGAAUGAUUGUUUCUUUGACAUUCAUGGCCAUUUCAGACAUCUCCAAACUGAAGGCUUGGAACUGCAGAGAGCAAAACAGUUGGGAAUUGUCUUACUGAUGACUUCUUGCUAACGAUCAGUUACAAAAAUCACUGCUUUUUGAACACAAAUACAUGCAACUAAUGCAUUUUUAAAGACUGUUCCCUCUGAGCAGGGUGUAGUGUCUUUACGGUCACACAGGUACUGUUAGAAAUUGUUCAGCCAACAAUCUCCUGUCCUGAUUAAACAGCAUAGUGUUUCAAAUAAAAGAGGGGAAUCCCAGCUGUUUUCUUGAUUAGUUUUUGUUCUUUUAAGAGUUGUCCGCAGUGAGCGGCUGCCCUGAUUAACAGAUGGCCCAAUUAACCAAUAUCCACUGUAUUUGUAAUAUCAAAAGUGUCCUGCUACUGUUGUGCUGCAAAGCAGGUGUACAGUGGCAGUUAUUAUGUUGCUAAUAUCUUGAUAGUCAAUUUAAAUGGCUAUAUAAAAUUUGCAUUUGCAGAUUAAAGUAUUCUGUUCAAUGAAGAUAAAAAUAGAUACUCAAGUUACAGUGUUAAAACAUGUGAAAAUGCUAAAAAUGUAUCAUAUUAGGCUUUUAAUGUUUUAUACUUGUUGCAUUUCUAGUAUCUUUGCCUUUUAUGUAUUACUUUGCAACAGUAAUCAACUUUUGUUUUGCAUUUUGCUUCAUAGUACUUUGUAUCUAAUAAAACUGUUUUAUAUCACA